AUGUUAGAUGCAAUGAAUCGCGCAAUUUCAGCAUGGACUAUCGAUGUUCGUACAAGUAUACUUGUAAACUGUUUUCGUCAUUGUAAACUUCGAUCAACAGAUAACACAAGUUUAGACAAUUUGGAUGAACAUAUAGACAUUGAAAUCACUCGAGACUUGCAAAAUUUGACCAAGAAGUUGGGUGAUCGCAAUGCCGAAGAUGUCCAAAAAUAUGCGAAAGAAAAUGAAGUUACACAGUUGUUGACUGAUGAAGAAAAUCUCGAGAGCGUUAUGGGAACUGAUAAAGAUGUGGAAGAAGAAGAUGGAAAUUCUACAAUAUAG